AUGCAUACUCUUUGGGAAAAAAACGAAACAUUCACUCUGAACCAAUCAUCAAGACUGGAAGGGUGGUACCAGCACAACGUAUGGAGUCCCAUUAUUGACCCGGCAUUCCGUAAUUUGGAGAUUGAUCUUAUACGUGGAGAAAGCUCAAGCACGGCUUCCAGUGAUAGAAAAAAUAAUGAUAUGGAUUGUGAGGAAGAUCGGAAGAAGAUCGGAAGGAAAGGAGAUUGCAUAUUUAGAUUGAUUGGUGAUAGGUUGGAGUUUGGAGCUAUUGAGGCUGGAAAGAAAUGGGAAGGCAAAAGCGGAAGGAAAUAUAUUAUCGACAGCCUUAAGCUGAGUAAGAUGCUUAGAGAUAUGUUUGUACAACUUGCGAAAGAGUGCGAUGAUGAUGAACCAAUUGUCAGAAAAUUACAGACCGUUGGGAUGUUACAUAGUGGAAAUCGAUUUCAACUUCUUACGUUAGAUGUUCCAAAGGGAUAUAUUUGUCGAAUUAAGCGUUUUGCCUUUCAGGAAGUUGCUAGUCAUAUAAAUAAUCCACCACUAGCAUUUGUGUUAAAAGAUAUAUUAAGAGCAAAAGCAAUUAUUAAACAGACAUUAGUAUUAGUACAAAAAAAGAGAUCAUCCUAUCUUGAUGAUCUUGAUGAUCUUGAUUAUGACGGAAAGGAAAUUAAUAGAUGUACAACUAUUCAAACAAUCACUUUAAGUAAAACUCACAAGACUCCAAAAAAAAAUCGUACUAUAGAUGUAAUAAAGCGAGAUACUUUUAACAAUUAA